AUGGCCAUUUCUUCACUUUCCUACUUAUUCCUUUUCUCCAUAAUUCUAACGACAACGAGCAUCUCCGUCCACGUCCAUGGCCAGUGCCUCGAGGAUCAAAAGGCCGCGUUGCUUGAGCUGAAGCGCGGCUGGAAAUUCGACCCCUCGUAUUCCAAGAAGCUAGUGCAUUGGAAUGAGACCUAUGACUGUUGCAGCUGGGGUGGUGUGAGAUGCAAUAAUGAUGGCACAGUUCAGGGGUUGUAUCUUACAAAUGAGUCCAUUUCAGGUGAAAUACACACCUCUUCAAGUAUUUUCAGUUUAGGAUCUCUGUUGUUCCUAGAACUGGACAAUAACUCAUUGAGCGGCGCAAUUCCCCACCGUCUGUUCAGCCUUUGGUCCGUCACACUUUCGAACAACUUGUUCGACAACAUUUCUCAACCAGAAAGCUAUGAAUCUCCCCCUCCUCCAACAGGUCCUUUUGUUAUUGCUACCAAUUUCUCAAUGCCAACUGUUUUCUUAUCUCUUGCUAAUAACCGUUUAAGUGGAGACAUCCCGAGCUUCUUCUGCAAAGCGCUCCCCACCAUCCAAGGCCUCGAUUUGUCAUUCAACAACUUCAGUGGCAGCAUACCUCGCUGUCUACUCCAAAAUCCGUAUAUUCGGAUGCUCAACUUGAAGGGGAAUAAACUCGAUGGCAGCAUCCCGGAUCAAUUCACCAAGUGUGCUCUUACAACGUUAGACGUGAGCAACAACGAGUUAACUGGGGAGAUCCCGAAGUCCAUUGCAAGGUGUGAAUCCUUACAGGUUCUGAAUGUAGGAUACAAUAACUUCGAUGGUGUUUUCCCGUGCAUGCUUCCUCCGAGCUUGCACAUUCUCGUGUUGCGUUCCAACAGUUUCCGCGGAGAGGUGAGGUGCGACAUGAGCUGGCCUGAUCUUCAGAUUGUCGAUGUAUCUUAUAAUAAUUUACGCGGCAAUCUCAGUUCAUUGAGAUUUUCUAGUUGGAAAGGAAUGAUAAUUGAAAGUAAUACAAGUGUAAAGCGUAACUAUUCCGAAGAAUACAAUGUUCUUCUUCUUGGUCUGUAUCACUACUACCGUGAUGAGGUGACAUUGAGCAUUAAGGGGGUUGAGCUUAAGAUUGUCAAGAUUUGGCCUGAGUUUACGUGCAUCGAUUUCUCUUCCAACAAUUUCAACGGAAGCAUACCGGAUGCAAUCGGUGAUCUAAGCACCCUCUAUCUUCUCAACUUAUCGCACAACGCUCUCACUGGCUCGAUCCCAAGGUCACUUGGUGCGCUAUCGGAUCUUGGAGCGCUCGACCUCUCUGUCAAUCAGCUUGGAGGGAGAAUACCGGAGGAGCUCGCACGGCUCACAUUCCUUUCAUUCUUGAAUGUGUCCAACAAUGUGUUGGUUGGAGGUAUCCCAAAUGGCCGUCAAUUCCACACAUUUUCUUCGAAUUCUUUUGAAGGGAAUGUAGGGUUAUGCGGCUUCCCACUCAACAGAAGCUGCAGCACGCCGCCUCCUAGCCCCGCACCAUCAAAAUCGAAAGAUAAGGAGAUCACAUGGGAAUAUGUGUUUGCUGCGCUUGGUUAUGUUGUGGGAUCAGGAAGCAUUGUAUUGACACUUUUAUGUUGCGGAAGGGUCAGAGAACCAUACUUUGAGAAGAUAGAAGAGAUAGCUGACAAGAUAUUCUACGAGAGAGGAAGGAGAAAAAGACAUGAAAGAAGAGUAAGAAGAAGAAGAGAAGAGAAGAAAGGAGGAAUGGGCUUAGGAGACAAAGAAGUUGGUGAUAUGCAUUUAGAAAUAAAUAAGGGUGUUGAGUAUUUUUUGUGUGUGUGGAAUUGA